AUGGCUUCCACUCCAUACCAUGACGAUGAAGAGGAGAGGAAACCGUUGACCCACGACUCCUCAUCCUCGGACCCAGCUCGAAACUCUCUGGAUUCCGUCACAUCCUCUUCCGACACAUCUAUAGCCUUGGAGCACCUUAAUGAAGACGGGACUGCAGUGGGCAACGGGCAUACAAAAGGCCUGUCGGGGACCAGAGCCCUUGACGACAAGGGCAAUGACUACGAUGACGAAGAUGGCUUCUAUCGUCCCCCUCGCCGACAACCGUUGGAAAGAAGGAAUAGACGCAUAAUGUGGGCAUUGGGCGGCUUAUGCCUUGGUGGAUGGUUACUUGCUCUGGUUCUCUUCCUGUCUCAGCAAACAUACAGACAUGCAUCUUCCAUCCCAUUCGACCCAGCUGCCACCGCAUCACACGGGUCUGGCAAGGCCGUGACUCUUGAUCAAUACCUCACAGGAGCAUGGCGACCAAGGCAUCAGCAGAUCUCCUGGAUCGCGGGCGCAAACGGCGAAGACGGACUGCUUCUCGAACAGAAUGCUGGUUCCGGCAAAGAUUAUCUGGUGGUAGAAGAUGUGCGAAGUCGCACGCCCAACGCUGAGGCACAGGAUAGCCAAACCCUGAUGAAGGAUGGGCCCUUCAAAGUGGACGGUCUCGACGUGCAGCCGAAUGGAGUAUGGCCGAGUAAAGAUCUCAAAAAGGUGUUAGUCAUGUCCAGUGAGCAGAAGAAUUGGCGGCAUUCUUUUACAGGCCUUUAUUGGAUAUUCGACGUUGCAAGUCAACAAGCCGAACCUCUGGAUCCAGCGAAACCAAGUGACCGUAUUCAAUUGGCUUCAUGGUCACCCCAAAGCGAUGCCAUUGUCUUCACCAGAAACAACAACAUGUACCUACGCAAACUUUCGUCCAACAGUGUAGAACAGAUUACAAAGGACGGGGGAAGCGAGCUCUUCUACGGGGUACCUGAUUGGGUAUACGAGGAGGAAGUCUUCGGCGGGAAUAGUGUGACCUGGUGGUCUGAGGACGGGAAAUUUAUAGCCUUUCUACGGACAAACGAGACCGCUGUGCCGGAGUACCCUAUCCAAUAUUUCGUUUCCAGACCGAGUGGGAAGGACCCGGCACCAGGCGAAGAGAGUUACCCUGAAGUACGACAACUCAAAUACCCAAAAGCUGGCGCUCCAAAUCCAGUAGUGGACCUACAGUUCUACGACGUUGCUAAUAACGACGUUUUUUCAGUCACUACCGACAACGACUUUCCCGACGAUGAUCGCUUGAUAACCGAGCUAGUAUGGGCUGGAAGAGAUGGCAAAGUUUUGGUCAAGAACACGAACCGAGAAAGUUACAUCUUGAAGGUCGCCUUGAUUGAUGUCGUUGAACGGACUGGAACAGUUGUUAGGGAAGAAGAUGUAAAAGCCUUGGACGGGGGAUGGUUUGAGGUGUCAGAAGAGACCCGAUACAUCCCAGGCGAUCCUGGUAAUGGUCGGCCUCAUUCUGGAUACAUUGAUACCGUGAUAAAAGAAGGCUAUGACCAUCUCGCCUAUUUUACUCCUCUCGACAAUCCGGAACCUGUUAUGAUUACGACUGGAGAGUGGGAAGUUGUCAAUGGUCCGUCAGCAGUUGACCUAAAAGCAAACCUUGUAUACUUUGUCGCAACUAAGGAAUCCUCCAUUCAAAGACAUGUCUAUACUGUGAAUCUUGAUGGGACAUCUCUCCAACACUAUUCGGAACAUCGCAAAGAAGGUUAUUACGAUGUCUCUUUCUCCACAGGUGUUGGCUUCGCCUUGCUCUCCUAUCAAGGGCCCGACAUUCCUUGGCAAGAAGUUCGUUCGACGCCAAGCUUCAAAGGACACUACUACAAGCAUCGCUUUGAGACGAAUACUGGGUUAGCCAAGCUCGCCGCUGCUCAUGAGCUGCCCAUUGAGAUUUAUCAGACGGUAAAUAUUAGCGGCGUUGAUCUUAACCUCGUCGAGCGCCGUCCACCCCAUUUCGAUGAGAACAAGAGAUAUCCGGUCCUUUUCCAACUCUAUGGAGGUCCUGGCUCGCAACAGGUUGACAAGAAGUUCACAGUUGACUUCCAGUCUUACGUGGCGUCGAACCUCGGCUAUGUCGUUGUGACGCUAGAUGGGCGAGGCACUGGCCUCAUCGGUAGAAAAGCAAGGACUAUCGUGAGCGGCCACAUCGGAUACUACGAAGGCAUGGACCAGAUUACGGCUGCAAAAUUGUGGGCGAAGAAACCGUACGUCGAUCCGGAAAGGAUGGCGAUUUGGGGCUGGAGCUACGGGGGCUUCAUGGCGUUGAAAACAUUGGAGCUUGAUGGAGGUGAGACAUUCAAAUACGGUAUGGCUGUUGCGCCGGUGACGGAUUGGAGAUUUUAUGACUCCAUCUACACCGAACGAUACAUGCAGACCCCACAGAAUAACCCUGAUGGCUACGAUAAUACCACGAUCAGUAACAUGACCGCUCUUCAAGGCAAUGUCCGUUUCCUGAUGAUGCACGGCGUAGCAGACGACAAUGUGCACAUGCAGAACUCCCUUACUCUCCUGGACAAACUCGAUCUUGCGGGCGUGGAGAAUUAUGACGUUCAUGUUUUCCCCGAUUCCGAUCACAGCAUUUACUUCCACAAUGCGAAUCGGAUGGUUUACGAUAGACUUAAUAAUUGGCUUGUCAAUGCUUUCAACGGCGAAUGGUUACGAACAGAAGAUGCGAUACCCAUGGAGAGGAUUGGAGCUACUUCUCACAGACGGUGA